ACCACAUAGUGGAAAAGUGGGGGCUUUCAAUACUAUAUGCUACCUCAAGUUUUAUCUCAACAGUAAAUUUUUGUCGAUACUUUUAUCUUAACGAAUCAAAUAAACUGAAGCCGAAAUCAUUUGAUAUGAACGCCAAAAACCCAAACCUACCAUUACUGGGAUUCCGGCAUUUAGUGAGUUUCAUGUUAUUUUUAUGCGUUCUAUCCAAUUUUGUUCUCCGUGUUAAUUUAUCUAUGGCCAUUGUGGCCAUGAGUCCAAAAAUGAAUUCAACUGACUACAUGCAAUCUAAAAUGGACGGAAUCCCCAUAUUUGAUUGGUCAGCUGAAACCCGAAGCACAAUAUUAAGUUCUUUUUUUUUUGGCUAUCUCGUGGCUAAUAUACCGGCAUCCAUCCUCGGUUGCCACUUCAAUAACAAAACGCUAUUGACCAUUUGCUCAGCGGUUACUUCCUUACUGGCCUUAAUUACACCAACCGCUUUACUGAGCUUUGGUGCGCCAGGUCUAAUUGCGGUGCGCUUCACUCAAGGUGUGUUUCAGUCGUUCUUGUUGCCAAUGUGCCACGGUAUCAUAGCUCGAUGGGCACUGCCUUCUGAACGCGGCCGAUUAGUGGGUUUUAUCAUGAGUGGUAUUCAAUGUGGUACUAUGAGCGCAUUAGUCUUUUCUGGAUUACUAGCUAGCAGUUCGUUUGGUUGGCCGAGUAUAUUUUACGUUACUGGUACUGUCAGCUUGUUAAGCACUGUCAUAUGGACACUGUUGGGCUCAGAAUCUCCUCAGAGCUCUCACAGACUUUUAGGAGAAUCUGAAGCCAACUGUAUCAAAGAUCAACUGAAAACAGAAGUGUCCCAACGAACAAAAGAAAAUAUAAUACCUUGGCGUUCAAUACUUACAUCUAGACCUGUUUGGACUUUAGUUGUUGCGCACGUAGGAAACAACUGGGGAUUUUGGCUAUUGUUGACACAAAUGCCCACAUAUCUCCACACUGUACUUGGUAUGGAUAUUAAGAAGGACGGAUUUCUAUCGGCUUUACCUUAUCUAUCCACGUUUCUGCUCCAGUUUCCAAUAUAUUACAUAGCAGACACUCUUAACAGAUACGAGUGCACUUCGUUGACAACAUCUAGAAAAAUAUGGAAUACUUUUUCCAUGUGGGGUGGUGCCACAGGUCUUCUAGCACUUGGUUAUGUUAAUAAUACCAAUAAUAUGGCCAUUUUCAUCUACAUUUUUAUUAUGGCUAUAAAUUGUGCAGGUUACGUUGGAUUUAAAGUCAACCAUUUAGACUUAUCUCCAAAUUUUGCCGGUCUUUUAAUGGGAUUAUCUAAUGGAACAGCAUCUUUAGGUGGCCUUUUAGCCCCUACUGUGGUAGGAUUUGUCGUAAAAGAUUUGUCUUCAGUUGUACAAUGGCGAAUAAUUUUUUUCAUUGGAGCUGCGGUUUUAUUUAUUAGUAAUAUAAUUUUUAUUUUAUUCGCAUCGGCUAAAAUACAAACGUGGAAUUCACCAAGAAGUGUUCAAUCCACCACUACUAGUGAAAAUGAAAAUUACUCUAAACGUACAGAAAAAAAAAUUGAUGUGGACAUAGAACUAACAAAGUGUUGACAAAAUAAUUAAUGGAUAGAACUAAGAAUUUUCAUUGUCUAAAUACAAAUUUUACUUUUUUUUUUUGUAAAUGAUUAUUAUUUUGAAAACAUUU